AUGAAUCUGCCCAACUGGACGGACGAGACACUCCACGUACAGGAAGACGAACUGGUGGCUGACCAUAGACGGACGACUUGGCAGGACAUCUCAGAUUCCAACAGCAUCGGGGCUGCCGCAGCUGGACGUGAGCGGCCUGGUGGGGCAGACGGUGCGCCUGCCGUGCCGCGUGGACGAGGAGAAGUGCGGCGAGCUGCACAGCAUCAAGUGGUACCGCGGCUCGUCUCGCAUCUUCGUGUUCAGCGACAAGGCCGACAUCUCGCGCUCCGAGGGCGACUACGUCAGCCGGGCGGAGCUGCACUACGCGCCCAACGCCACCACGGCGGAGCUGGAGGUGAAGCAGCUCGCCAUCCCCGACGAGGCCGUGUACAAGUGCGAGAUCACGUACAUCGAGGUGCGCGAGGGCUGCGCCGUCGUGCAGUUCAUCAACCUCACCGCCCUCAGUGAGUACUCUUGCCCUCCGUGGAGUGGGCCGUCACACACGCACACGCACAUAUAUAUAAAGUAGUGCGUGGAGUCCUUCCGCGCGGAAGAAGUGAAACUUCGUAAUGUGGAAAUGAAAAUAGGAAGGGGUAGAAAUUGAUUUUUAGUGAAAUCAUAUUGUAUCAAAUCAAACUAAAAAAAAAACAAGUAAAUGAAAUAAUGAAUAUUAUAAAUUAAAAUAGAACACUAAAAUAGAACAACAAGUACGCUCACACUGUUUACUUCGCUGCAUAGCAAGAAUACCACGCGCAUGUGCUUGGAAUAUUGGACGCUACUCGUUGCUAACGCUCGCGCUGGCCUGUAACAGGUAGCUUAUACUACGCGCAUGCGUUCGAGCGCCACGCAUUCACUCUCGCUCUGUCUCUUUCUAUUCCCCCUCCCCAGGAGCGUUGAACGUUUAACGCAACAGUGCUUUCAUACCCCCUCUAUGGUAGCGUUAAACGUUUAACGCAACCUUGUUGGAAGUCGCAUUAGAAAUUUCACUUCAAUAAACCUCCAAUUUAAGAAGAACGCUGGUUUCAAAGUUUCCAGGGAUCUUCGUAAAUUUACGGCUAACUUCGUAAUCCUACGGGUACUGAGUUCACUUCCUUUGAACAUGAAUCCAAAAUAAUAUUCUUGGUACGUUAGCAAAAUAUUACAGCAGAAACACACUUACUUUGUCCACUUGUGUGUUGACACUUGUUUUUUAUAACGAAAUAUACAACGGUAAAAUCAAAACACCAAGUAUUUUCUACGGAGAUUCAGUUGUUUGAAAUUCUGAAUAUCUUUUCGUCAUUUCAGUUGAACUAUUUGUUGUAAAUUCCUUAAAUUUGCUGAGAUUUCUGACAGUGCUCAAAACAAGGAAACACACUUCUGCAAAAUUUCAAUUUAUAAAUGAAUUUUUUCGUAUAAGCUUAUGUAUGAGAAGUGAGAUUUCACUUCGAAGGUCUAUGAAGUGAGUUUCUGAAGGAAGUCUAUGUAAAUUUGGUAAGCAACUGGUUUACAAAACGAACCAUAGCUGUGUAGAGAUUUCGUUAAAGCGUAAAAGUAACUCGUUUGGAAGAAUGUAAAAAAAAUACCGUUAUGAAGGGAGUAUUUGCUAAACAAUAAUGUUAGCAACUUAUCACUAAGAAUUUAGCGUUUUUAACUUCAUUACAACAAGAAAAAUUGUUUUUCUGCAUAUAGUAAGGGGGAUCGGGUUUCGUUAUCAUUUUGACUUCGAUUAUCACCAUGGUAAAUAUGCACAAACCCACACCCUUGCUUCUUACCACAAUAAAUUUUAAUGGUAGCACGACCACUUGCACUCACGUAAUUGACUAGACAGUUCCCUUUAAUGUGUGAAAAUAAUGGCAUUAUUCGCAUUUUGCGAGAACAAACUAGUGCCCAUGGUCAGCUCCAGGUUACAAAAAAGUUUAUGGUUGUUCAUCCCUACUCUAGAGAGAUAUAUCACGGCACCUCGAUGGCAUACUGACACUUUGUCACAAAAAUCAUAUUUCUUCAAAAGAGCAGUUUAAUGGAUUUUAAAUAGUAGAUACCUCACUUAUAUACUCAACGUUUUCUACACAAUAUACGUGAAUUUAUGACAUACCAUAGAUCUUAGUGUUGUAAGACAAUAGAAAGAAACUUUAAACCUUGUUCAAGUUCAUGGUUAAAAGUGCAUAAUUUUUUUUGUAUUCUUCCGGAAGAGGUUAUUAUCAGCAUAAGUUCAGUUUCAGUGUGCGUUGAAGCCAGCCUCUGAUGACAAUAACACAUUUAUAGAUAUUCUCAUUUAAACUGAUCACGGUUUCUCUCGAGAAUAAAGUAUUGUGAGUUUUGCUCCUCCAAGCAAACAGUUACUUAAAAAAUUAGAGCAAGUUGGAGAAAUGGCAAGGCUUUGUCACCCACGGCAUGUUGAUUUUUCAAUUUUAUUGAUAUUACUACUAGUCAAGGGUUAUUUUUAUAAACGUAAAUCUAUACCUAGUUUUAUAAUUUUUUCUGUCAAAAAUAUUAUGGAUAGAUAUUUUCUAGGUGUUAUAUAAUGGACGUAAAAAUACGUUCAAAUGGCAUUACAAUUUGACAUUAAAAAAUUAAAAACACCUGCGUGUCUUUAUACACCCAUUAUAUAACACUAAGGAAAUAUCCGAGGAAAAUAUUUGUAACAGAACACCAUUUCAAACUUGAUAUAGUGUCAUAUUUACAAAAGACCAUUAAAUAACAGUAAUGACCAUAAUAUAAAAAAUAACAUGGCAUAUGACAU